UUUUUCUUGUUUUAAAAAUGGGACAAUUUCAAAGUGCAGAAGCAGAUCUCAGAAUUUCUCCUAAAAGAGUUGUGGUUAAUCCGAGUGGAGAUACUGAAUUUUUGCAGAGGAAAUUGGCUUUUAAGAUUGUGUGUGUUAAUAAUAUUGAAUAUGGUUUUGUACCGGUCCAUGGAUUCUUUAAGCCGGGAGAAACAACAGUGAUCAGAAUUAGUCGCAGUGACGGGCCGGCCAAAACUGAUUAUUUCCAAAUUUGUCUUCUGGAUGCAAAAGAUGAGGAUCACAAUGCCGAAAAUUUGUUUGGGCAUUCAAAUUAUGGUAUGGAACAAAUUAAAAUUUUUCUGGAGGCUUCUAGCAGCGUAAAAGAACAACUAAUUGCAUCAAAAGAACCUCCAUCCCCGGGUGAUUAA